GUUACCAUCAACAACUACCAGCAAUAUCGCCACAUUCAGUCGCCAGGAUGGAUAUUAGGAUGGACGUGGUCGAAGAAGGAGGUUAUAUGGUCUAUGGUUGGCGCACAAACUACCGAGCAGGGAGAUUGCUCGAAAUUUAAGGGAAAUAUUCCUCAUUGCUGCAAAAAAGAUCCAUCUGUUGUUGAUCUUCUGCCCGGAACUCCAUAUAAUAUGCAAAUAGCUAAUUGUUGCAAGGGUGGAGUGAUUAGUUCAUGGGUUCAAGAUCCACCUAAUGCUAUCAGCGCAUUUCAGCUCAGCGUCGGUUAUGCAGGUACAACAAACAAGACGGUUCGUGUGCCUAAGAAUUUUACGCUCAAAGCUCCCGGUCCCGGGUAUACUUGCGGAGCUGCGAAGAUUGUGAAGCAGAGCAAGUUUGUUACCUCCGAUGGAAGGAGAACAACACAAGCACUAAUGACAUGGAAUGUGACAUGCACCUAUUCUCAAUUUCUUUCCCAGAAGACUCCUUCAUGUUGUGUCUCUCUUUCUUCUUUCUACAACGAUACUAUCGUUAACUGUCCAACAUGUUCUUGUGGCUGCCAAAACAAUGUCACUCAUCCCGGGAGCUGUGUGGAGGGAGAUUCACCUUAUCUUGCUUCUGUGGUAAAUGGCCCAGACAAGAGCAGCUUUGCACCUUUGGUUCAGUGUACUUCCCAUAUGUGUCCCAUAAGAAUUCAUUGGCAUGUUAAGCUGAACUAUGUGGAGUACUGGCGUGUAAAGAUCACAAUUACAAACUUCAACUACAGGAUGAAUUACACGCAGUGGAACUUUGUUGCUCAGCAUCCUAAUUUUAAUAAUCUCACAGAAAUAUUUAGCUUCAAUUACAAGUCCCUCACUCCUUAUGAAGCCAUAAAUGACACCGGUAUGUUUUGGGGUAUAAAGUAUUACAACGACCUAUUGAUGACAGCUGGUCCUUCCGGGAACGUUCAAUCCGAAGUACUCCUUCGCAAGGACGCAUCGACGUUUACUUUCGAAAAAGGAUGGGCGUUUCCUCGUCGAAUUUACUUCAAUGGUGACAACUGUGUCAUGCCAUCUCCAGACUCCUAUCCAUGGCUGCCGAACGGAAGCUCGAGGCCUCGAAGCUCACUUCUUCUUCCAAUGGUGAUCCUUUGGGCAUUUUUAGGUCUCUAUGCUUAGUUGAAGCAUGAUUAGUGUUUGAUUUUGAUUUUUCUUGCAACAUAGGGGAAAGGAUGUUACUUACCAUGUGGUUGUAGUUUUGAGAGUUAUUAGAUGUCAUAGCAAUGGAGGGAUGGAUACAAUAUGAUAAUGUGAAUACCAUAU